AUACCCAUCUUUCACCCCAACAGUUUUCUUGUUUAUUGCUGGAACAGUUGCAUAUGGAGUAUUCAAGUACCUCCAAAAUGAGAAACUUAAAGAGCAAAACUAAUAGAACAUGAGAAAAUUCUCUGAUAUUUCCUAAUUGUGAAAGGAGACUGUUGAUGACUAUCAAAAUGGGAGCAUUUUAUAUAUUUUUCUAAGUCUGUAUGUCACAUUCUUGUGCCUUCCUUGUGGAGAGAAUAGUAUGAAUAGAGAUGAAAAACAAGGAAUUUUUCAUCAACUGUAUAGAAACUUUGUAUCUCAUUAUUUGUGACUGCUGUCUCCUUUUUCCAUGUCUUUGGGUUCUUUGGUGCAUAUUAAGUAAUUAGCCUUUGGGAGCAUGGAGUAGUCAUUUAUGUUGACAUUAAAAAUUUACAAAUAAGAUGAACAUUUAAACUUCUAGUUCUUGCUUGAAUAAAUGAUAUUGUUUUUUACGCUUCUCAUUAUGACUGAUCUGCUGAAAAGUAAAGGGGUUAUCAUUUAUCAAUCCAUCAUUUAUGUUUUUGGAACUGCUUAGAUCACUAAUUAAGUUAUAACUAGAGCAAUAAUUUUCAUCCCGCAUGAUAAUUUCUCUCACGCUUCGUGAGAUGUACAUAAUCUUAUUGUUAUUCUAUUAAUGAGCUACAGAGAUGUUUCCUAGUGAAUAUCUAUGUACGACUCUUGUCUCUCCUUAUGCAGGUUUUUUGCUCUUUCUUUUUUAGCUUUAUGCAGGUUUAUACUGCAGCAAAAAUAGAACAUGAAGGAUACGCAAGAUGAUUGGUCAGUUCUUGUCUUUAUUUUACAUUGUUCAACUUUACAUUUAGAAUGGCCCUGCUUCUCACCUGUCAUAGUACAUAAGGAAAUUGAUAAAGCAAACUUUUAUUAUUAAAGUGGAUCACAUUCAUAGCUGCUGCUAUCAUGUCUUGAGGAUUCAUUUAUCAGAUACGGAUUUAUGAUAUUUCUGUUUUGAAGUGGCUUUAAUAUGUAUGUUGCAGUUGUUGGAUCAAAUUUGUUGGGUGGAAACAUGCUUUGAUUUAAAUCCUUUUCUUUUUAUUUUCGUAAUCGUGGUAGUUUAAGGAAUGUUUGAGUGGUUUUUUUGAAGGGUUUUCUGAAGAUGUAUUCUUCCUCCAUUCAUGAUAUGCAGCAGUUUUAGUUGUAGUAAACAUUGGCAGUUGGCUGCAAAUGUGAAUUUUCAACAUUGCAGGACAAAGGUUUUUAAAUCUUUCAGCUAUAUGGUUCCAUUUGCAGGAAUGCCUAUCAGUCUCAGGUUGGUUCACCUAGCCUGUGUUGAGUUUAUCAAAUAUAAAUUCAGGCCUCAUAGUUAGGUGCAUUCUGAGAAUAGCACAUGCGAUGGUGGAGUUACUGCCAGGUGAACUGUUCACUGACUUCAGAACCACACCAUCCAUCUGCCUAGUUAAGGAAGAUGAAAAGAAAAAGAAAAGCAAGACAGAGAGGAAUUGUGACAUAAUAAAUAUGGCUUUUGUUUUUGUCCUAUGACGAGGAGUUUUAAUCUCUUUUCUGCUGCAGCAAUGAAGAGGCCUGUGAACUUCCUACUUUCUACUGCAUUGUGAAGCUCUUGAAUCAAUAAAAUCUGCAGGUUUGACGGCUGCUUAUAUAUUCAGUUUGCUGAAGCCGUCUUUUAUCAUCAAUUGACUUUUGUUCAUGCUGUUAUUUGUCAGUUACGCUUGUUUGGUUUGAGGGAAUGGAAAGGGGGGAGAGGGGGAGUUGAAGGGUAUCAUUUUCCUUCCAGUUCUUUCCCCAGCACUCCCUUAUUUGGUUAAACUAACACUCUGUUUGGAUUGACGAAGCCCCCUCCCCUUGUCCAUUUUCAAUC